CACGAUGACCAGUGUCCCUGAGCCCGCAUGACCUGGAAGUCCCCUCUCAGGUCUGCCCUGCGUCCUGCAUGCUGUAGGGCUGGGCAGAUGAACGGUUCUCUGGUCUGGAGCCCUCCCUGUGAUUGGGUCCCGGCUCUUCUCCAGUCUCAGCGCCAUUCCCACAUCCUUUCCCUUUGCCUGUUUCAGCCCCUGGGACGUGAAGCCUUGAUCCCUGCCUCCCCAUCCCUGUUCUCCCUCCCACUUUCCUCCGCGUUCCCUGGGGUUGCAAGCUGCUAUCCUCAUCUGUGAAGCUGAGCUGGAGACCGGGGCUGCGCUUCCAGAAGCUCCCCCUCUUGGGAGGACCCAGGGCCUCUCGCCUUCUCCCUCUGCUGCUUCCGGCAGCUGGAUGGACUGCUGGGAGCUGACCUGAGGUGGACCCUGCGUGGGCUUCUGUUCCAAGUCCUCUGUGUCUGGUGAGAGGACUGGGCCUCCAGAGGGAGGAAGCCAGUGAACAUGACCAAAGCCACCGUCAACUACCGCCAGGAGAAGACCCACAUGAUGAGCGCUGUGGACCGGAGCUUCACGGACCACAGCACGCUGCAGGAGGAUGAGCAGCUGGGCCUCUCCUUCAUGGACACCCACGGCUACAGCCCCCGGGGAGACCAGCGCGGCGGUGGGGUCACUGAGGCCAGCAGCCUCCUGGGGGGCUCACCGCGGCGGCCGUGUGGCCGGAAGUGCUCCCUGUAUCACACGGGGCCGCUGCACCCCACGGUGCGUGUGGCCGACCUCCUGCAGCACAUCAACCAGAUGAAGACGGCCGAGGGCUACGGCUUCAAGCAGGACAAGGUGCCUGGCCCCGUCCAGCUGGGACCCCUCCCAAGGGCCUCCCUUGGCUCCUUCCUUCUACACCCCUCCCACCAGGUUGUCACGGAGGAAAUAGAAGAUGGUGGAUGUAAAGGCCCGGGGUGCAUUAGGGACUCAUGGGGGUGCAACUGCCAACACCCCUGCUGUGAUCAUCAUUCCCAGCGUGGGGGCAGGUUGGAUGCAGUAGGACCAGCCUAACCUGCCAUCGUCCCAGUUGGACUCCACCUCAGAGCAGCAUUGCUGCCCCAAACUUGAGCUUACUCCAUCCUCUUCCUGAUGCCCUGUGCCCUCCCGGGAAAUUUCAGGCUCCAGGCCCCUCUCUCAGCCUCCUAGUCUCCCUUCCUGUUCCAGGAGCCACACAUCUGUACCUACUGCAAACCUGCCUGUCGGGAGAGGCCACAUCCCCGCCAGCAGGCCCGCUACAAAGAGAUACAGGUCCCUAACACUGACCGACACUAACCCUCUAAAUGACCUCUCUGUCGUGGAGAGUCAGUUCCAGAGGUUGGGCUUGUGCAUGUGUGUGUGUGUGUGUGUGUGUGUGUGAGAGAGAGAGAUGCAUAUGUGAGUGUGGCAUCUACAUGUCUACAUGUCUGUGUAUGUGUGUGUAUGUGCCUGCAUGUGAAUGUGUCUGUGAAACGGUGUAUGCACGUGUGCCCAUCCUUCCUGAUCCCCACAGUGGGGACCCCAACAGCUACAUCGCUGUGGCCCUGACUGAUGCGAGGGCUGGAGCAAAGCAUACCCUAGGACCCCCCAACCUCAGCCGAGAAAAUCCCAGGGAAAGGAAGCAGGGCUGAGGUCUGCAGGGGAGGACAUGGGGUGUCCCCUCUGCACCAUCCAUCUCCCCAGGGACCAGACCUGUGGGGUGAUCCCCUCCCCUCCAGUGCUCCUCCAUUUUGGACAUCAAGGCUGCUAUUCCUCCUCCGUGUGCCCCUCUGCACAAGGACGACCUGCUCAUCUCUGAGCCGAAGAGGGUCAGGCUAGGGCUCCCUGGUGCUGGGUGGACAAGCUGCUGGGGCAGCUCUGUCUCCCCACCCAGGGUCCGUGGUCCCUGAUCCCAGUCACCUGAAAUCAGCCCAGGAGCCAGGAGGUUCUGAUUCUCAGACUGCCCUGAACUUGUCAGCAAGGGGCCAGCUAGGCUCUGUUUGGAGAGGUCAAGUCUGCAGGGAGCCCCGUCAGGUGCCCAAGACUGAGUUUUAGAAUUUGGCCAGCCCUGGUCUCAAGGAGCUGCCAGUCAGCCUUGCACCUGCGCCUUCAGAAAGUCCCAGGGAAGGGGAAGCUGGUGAACUGGGAGGGGUCCCUCAUUUCUCUGCCCUG